AAAGAAGAAUGGUAGAAAGUGUAAGCAGAGUGAGCUGAAGACAGGAGGAGAAAUGGAAGUGUGGUGAAGUUCUCGGAGGCCGAGGCUUUUACCGAGGGUCAGCAUGAAGAUGAGUCUGUGACAGCAGGAGUGAAGUUUUUGGAAAAGUGGACCCUUGCCUUUUGGCUGAUCCAUUUGUGGGUGAAAACAGUGUUGGGUGCUGUGGAAUCGGUGAGGGUAAUCAGAAGUGGUCUUGUGGUAAUUGUUUGUGUUUCUGCUGGUCAGAGGGAGAAGGCGCUCCGUGUUAAACAAAUGAGGACAAGAAAGGUAAAUUGUUUUUCUCCCAAGAAAAGGGUGCCAAAGGAGUGAUUACUGGGGUAGCAGUAAAUGUAAAAGUUGACCAAUUUAAGGGGAAGAUUCACAGUGUUUGUGAUGCUUGUCGAUUGAGGUAGGACUAAAUAGAUGUAAAUAGUGGAGUAGGGUGGUGUUAUUUUUAAGAAAUUGUGAGUGUAGUGUUAAAAUGAGAAGGUAGGGUAUUUGUUUAUUUAUUGUUUUUUUUUUCAAGCAAAGUAUAAGGGAGGAGGCGGUAAUGCAACAUGUAUUGGAUGCCAACUGCCAUUAAACCUCAUCGAAGAAAAAGGAAAGGAAGAGGAAGCGAGAGGAUCAACUCGGCGGCAAAUCUGCUCCCCCAGCAGCCAUGACUCUGAGCAUGUCUCCGGCUGCGGUGUGCCAGUGCUUUACGCUGGUGUCACUGUGCACAUCCAUCGCCGACCCAAACUGGAUCCAAGUCAUGAACAACACUGACCCUGGAGGCAAACAGCUCAUCUAUGGUGUGGCUUUCAUACUGCAUGCUCCCCAGAACCUCACUGACACAGGUCCCCUGGGUGGUGUAAAUGGCUGGGGGGUGUGGCUGCUCUAUGCCCUGGCGGCUCUGUGCUACAGUGCUGUCCUGCUCUCCAGCUCCUCCUUCCUAUUGGACUUCCUGGGGACUGGGAUGUCCCACGCUCGACUGGUGGUGUUACUCCACAUCUCCACAGUGGUUCUCCUCCUGUCUGUUCUGGGAGUGUGUGGGGCCUGCCUGUACAUCAUCCACUGCAACCUUCAGGAGGGAAAGCUUGGGCCACUGUGGGAAUGGGUGGGGGGCUGGACCUGGCCUGGGUCUGGCUCCAGGAGCCAGGGAGGGGUGGUGGGGAUGAAGCCUUACCCAGGGGAGAGCUUCUACAUCACCAUGCUGGGCCUGCUCUUCUCCUGCCUGGCCGGUGUGAUCAGCCUGAGCACCCUGGGGGACCCCACCUCCACCCAGAGGGACUACACAGCUGUGGUGGAGUGGGAUGACAGUGACACAGAGCCCCUUACCCCCAGGGAGCAGGGAGUGGGACAGUCUGACGAAGAGGAGGGGGUAGGAGACGUGUUGCCUGAAAUUACUCAGGGGGAGGUGGGUGGAAGUGGAGACUCCUAAAGGGGUUUCUCGGACCACUACAGAGGUAGAGGUUUGAAUGUGUGGCCCCAAAUGGCUUAGUUUCGGGCUAGAAUGAAAACCAGGACCACACCACACAUGGCCUGUAACAGACUUAAUUAGACAGCAGUGCUGGUGCCUUCCCUGUUCAUGUUUUGAAUCCCUAUUGCUUCACUGGACCAAGCUGGUGGAAUCCAGUCAGGAGCCAAAAAAGAGACCAGAUACGUUUCCUAAUGUUGUUUUAAUGUUUGUCUGCCUAAAACAUGUCUUCUCGGGGUAUGUACAGUUGCACAACAUCAAGUCAAUAACCCUUUUACCCAUUUUUCCUUGUGGGAGUUUAUGCCCAGCGUCUCACACUUGACCCAACCAAGAUAAAUCGUUCUUUGGCAAGCUGUGAUAUUUGGAAAAGUGUGACAAGAAUGUAACACGGUUAAGCUAUUUCUGUCUGUGUGUGUGACCAGGGAAAGUGAGAGUCUGUAUGUUAUAAUCGAUGUGUGAUGCAAAUGAUAUGCCCUUCCUGCUCAUCAAUGGGAACAAGCUUUGACCCUGUUCACAUUACUGCAAAAUAACCACUGGGGAAUGUUCCGGAUCAGCGAAUGGUUUGUAACAGUUCAGAACCAGAAAAUAUGUUCAAUGAGCAGAAGUUCAGACUGCUUAACAUUGCGAUCCUAACACAGUACAAUCACCUAUUCUCCUCUUCUAGUUAACAUAUAAAAUCCCUAGAGGAAGGUUUUUCUGAUUAUUUUCUUUUUAACAGGUUGUUUUUUAACGUAUGCAUUAUUUUAACUUCUUAAACCCUUUGCACAGUCUUCCAUAGUGACACUUUCAGUUUCCCAAAUGGUGGAAACAAUUCACAGAUUUCUAUGGAAGAUUUACCUGAAGUAUACUGAAACUGGAGUUUCCUCUGAGAAAUUCCAUUUAAAAAGCCCAUUUGGCUUCUAUUAUGGCCACUAUAGCUUUAAUCACAAAUUGAGGAACUAUUUAUUAGCAUGGUUGUUUACUACUAUAGGAAAGAUUGAGUUCUGCUUCACAAUGAUAGGAAGAGCCGACAUCGAAGGAUCAAAAAGCGACGUCGCUAUGAACGCUUGGCCGCCACAAGCCAGUUAUCAUUGUGGUAACUUUUCUGACACCUGCUUAAAACCCAAAAAGUCAGAAGGAUCGUGAGGCCCCGCUUUCAUAUGAAGUCUUUCCUUUCCACAGUAGGUAGUGUAAAUACAUGGCAAUACAUUGCUCUUGCUAUCUAAUCAUAUUUGAAUAUGAUGUAUUAAAUAUUUGAUGUGCUUAAAUAUUUAUUGUUUCAUAAAAUGACACUGCUAUUGGUCACUAGAUACCUCAGAUCACUGUGAAAAUAUAUCCCGGUUUGGCAUCUUUAGGCGUCUACAUUACAGCACAAACCACUGUCUGUAUGCUUAUCCUACUUGAAGGUAACCAAUAAGACAAGCUCCUUGAUGGCGCUUGGUUGCAUGUGACGGUAGGGCCAUGGAUAUUGACUUGAUAAAUUAAGAUGGCUGCCUAGAAUCAGGUUUUCCUUACCCGCUUAUACCCUCAAGGCCUGUUUCCUGGACACAGAUUAAUCUUAGUCCUGGACUAGGAAUAAUUUUCGAUGGAGAUUGUUUUUAGUUCAAGACUAGGCUUAAUAUGUGUCUGGGAAACCGUCCCUCAAUCUUUUCCUCAGGUACAUAGGAAGACGUUCCUUCUCUUAUUCCAGGGUCACAGUCCCAUCUCUAUGAAUCCGACUUUUCAUUGUUGUUGUUUAUGAUGCUAUUUAUUCAUUAAACUACUUUUGCGUGUUUGUAAAA